AUGUAUUUUCAAGAAGAUACUGAAAACAUUCCGUAUGAAAUUUACUUCCAAUAUUAUCCUUCCCAAAAGUGGGCACGUCUCCAUUAUAUCAAAGAAACCUCUUGCGCAUCUGAAAUUCGUAAUAGAGCACAAGAACUCUUAGACAAUAAAGAUGUGCUUGUACCUAUUGGCUACAUCCCGAUAGGGUGGGAAAUUUAUCCUUAUGAGUUAACUAAAAUAGAUCGUCUAUUAGCUACGCCCUGA